AUGUUCGUUCUCGGUUUGCUGCACGCUGCGCGGCCUAGUCUUUCUUGGCAGAAACUUGAGCGUCGGCGACGUCUGCACUUGGGGCAGCGGAGACCGCGCUCCAGUGGACGUGGUUGCGUGGUGGCGUUGCGGCCGCCACCGGGUGACCCCAUCGCCAAGAAGUACGCCGAGCUGGACAGCGACCCCUACGGACCCGCGCGUAUUCGAAACGAGCCCCAGAUGGAAAAGAAUCAGUUUGGGAUAGAGCAACCGGUGCUAAAACCGUUGGAGCAGUUUCAGGUCUCGAUUUUUGGAGAGCUCCGUGAACCUGUCGAGGAGCAGGACUUUACAUAUCGCUGGGAGCGGGACAGCGACGAGGACUGGCCCGUCUGUCCGCGCGGACUUUACCCAGAAAACUACCCGCUUUCGGAUGUGCUGAAGGCGGAGUUGGACAUGCCAACUGUCGAGGAGUAUGACUAUGAUGAGCGCGUGUACCAUAUCGUGGAGCUCGAGCCAUCCAUCCUCGAUAUGCUCCAGGAAGACGGCCUGUUGAGAGUUCGAGACAAGCGAGCGCCCAGCGACGCAACGGGUACGAAAUCCAAGCGAGGUCAGCGCGGCAUCAGAGCGCCGGUGGAGGGCACCGAACCCGCUCGGGCCUCGAAAGCUGGUCGACGUCGCCGGGAACGUGACGACAGCGAGGCGCUCUUUGACGAUGUAGAGGAUGUCGCAUUUGGAGACGAUGUUUCGAUCCAUGAGCUACCGGACGUCGAUCCCGACGAACCCACCUUGCUUGAAGACGAGUCUCUUGUGGAUGGUGAUCUCGAAAUCGAUGACAUGAUCGACGAAGGCGAUCUGGACGUGGAUUCCGAGUAUGAUGACACUGCAUUCGAGGACGAUACAACGGACUACGACGCAGACGAGGUACUGGAUGAUGACAGCGAUGACUAUCGGUUGGAUAGUUUGGACGAAGAUGUUGAUGUGGAUUUUGACUAUGACGGCGGGUUCGGUAGCCGUGCCACCGGACCAAUCGGUCUCAGUGAUGACUUUGACUAUGAUUAG